AUGCAGUACAAAAAUGACUAUCUCGGCCACGAGAAGACGUUUGAAUUCCCUAUUGGGUUCGAGAACCAUACAACGGUUCCGCAGAAUGAGCAAAGUGGGGACUGCGGUGUAUACACCUUGAAGUGCAUCGAGUGUUUAGCUCUUGGUCGUAGUUUGACCGGUAUCAACGACACAAAUGUUGAUGACAUCCGUCUCAAGUACGCUGCUGAGAUGAUGGAUGAGUUGGACUUGUCUGACUUCUUGCAAAUCACAAGCCCAUACCCGCGCGGUACAUCUGAUGAUGAUCGGUCGGGGCUGCAGACGGAUUUGUUGGAUUCGUUGUAA